GAGAAUGAGUCAGGGGUUGUAGGACCCAAGCUUUCGCCUACAGAACCAGAGCGCGAGGUCAGCGCUCCGGACGGCAGCGGCUAAGGCGGUUCAGAGAUGCAGGCGGCGAGGCGGGCCCCGAGCGUGGGGCGGCAGCUGCUGAGGUUGGGGGGCGGAAGCUCACGGCCCUGUGCCAUCCUGGGGCACCCCCGGCCCGGCCCAGCCCAACGACACUAUGCCAGUGGGGCCGCUCAGGCGGUUCUGGACAAGUCAGAUUCGCUCUCCUCUGAGGCUUCCACCGGGGCAAAACCUGCCAAGGCGGAAUCUAAGUCCUUCGCUGUGGGGAUGUUCAAGGGCCAGCUCACCACAGACCAGGUGUUCCCCUACCCGUCCGUGCUCAACGAGGAGCAGACACAGUUUCUCAAAGAGCUGGUGGGGCCUGUGUCCCGCUUCUUUGAGGAGGUGAACGAUCCUGCCAAGAAUGACACGCUGGAGAUGGUGGAGGACGCCACUAUUCAGGGCCUCAAGGAGCUGGGCGCCUUUGGCCUGCAAGUGCCCAGUGAACUGGGUGGCGUGGGCCUCUGCAACACCCAGUACGCCAGACUGGUGGAGAUCGUGGGCAUGCACGACCUUGGUGUGGGCAUCACCCUGGGGGCCCAUCAGAGCAUUGGUUUCAAAGGCAUCCUGCUCUUUGGCACGAAGGCCCAGAAAGAAAAAUACCUCCCCAAACUGGCAUCAGGAGAGACCAUCGCAGCAUUCUGUCUCACUGAGCCCUCAAGUGGCUCAGAUGCGGCCUCUAUCCGAACCUCGGCUGUGCCCAGUCCCUGUGGAAAGUAUUUUACCCUCAACGGAAGCAAGAUCUGGAUCAGUAAUGGGGGCUUGGCAGAAAUCUUCACCGUCUUUGCCAAGACACCAGUUACAGAUGCAGCCACAGGAGCCGUGAAGGACAAGAUCACAGCUUUCGUGGUGGAGAGGAGCUUUGGAGGCGUCACCCAUGGGCCCCCCGAGAAGAAAAUGGGCAUCAAGGCUUCGAACACGGCGGAGGUGUACUUUGAUGGAGUCCGAGUGCCAUCUGAGAAUGUGCUGGGCGAAGUGGGAGGUGGCUUCAAGGUCGCCAUGCACAUUCUCAACAACGGGAGGUUUGGCAUGGCUGCGGCUCUCGCAGGCACCAUGAAGGGCAUCAUUGCUAAGGCGGUGGAUCAUGCUGCUAAUCGUACCCAGUUUGGGGAGAAAAUUCACAACUUCGGGCUGAUCCAGGAAAAGCUGGCCCGGAUGGCUAUGCUGCAGUAUGUGACAGAGUCCAUGGCUUACAUGGUGAGUGCCAACAUGGACCAGGGGUCCAAGGACUUCCAGAUCGAGGCCGCCAUCAGCAAAAUCUUUGGCUCGGAGGCAGCCUGGCAGGUGACAGAUGAGUGCAUCCAAAUCAUGGGGGGCAUGGGCUUCAUGAAGGAGCCCGGAGUGGAGCGUGUGCUCCGGGAUCUUCGCAUCUUCCGGAUCUUCGAGGGGACGAAUGACAUUCUUCGGCUGUUUGUGGCUCUGCAGGGCUGCAUGGACAAAGGGAAGGAACUCUCUGGGCUUGGCAAAGCUUUGAAGAAUCCUUUAGGGAAUGCUGGCCUGCUGCUAGGAGAGGCAGGCAAACAGCUGAGGCGGCGGGCAGGGCUGGGCAGUGGCCUGAGUCUCAGUGGUGUGGUCCAUCCGGAUUUGAAUCGGAGCGGUGAACUGGCAACGCAAGCCCUGGAGCAGUUUGCUACCGUGGUGGAGGCCAAGCUGAUAAAACACAAGAAGGAUAUUGUCAAUGAACAGUUUGUGCUGCAGCGCCUGGCAGACAGUGCCAUUGACCUCUAUGCCAUGGUGGUGGUUCUCUCCAGGGCAUCAAGAUCCCUGAGUGAGGGCCACGCCACAGCCCAGCAUGAGAAAAUGCUCUGCGACAGCUGGUGCAUUGAGGCUGCAGGCCGGGUCCAGAGGAGCAUGGCUGCUCUGCACUCCGAUCCCCAGCAGCAGGAGCUCUUCCGCAACUUCAAAGGCAUCUCCAAGGCCUUGGUGGAGCAGGGUGGCGUGGUCACCAACAACCCCCUCGGCUUCUGAACACUCCCAGCCAGGGCCGGCAAUGUGCCUUACGCCAAAGCCUGGGCCCCUCUGUGGGCCUGGCUCUCCCUGGAAGGGGCCUUACUCCAGGACUGUGCCUGCUCUCACAGGGAGCACUCCCUGCCUUACAAAUAAAGCUGACAAGUCAUGCCGUGCCAC